UUUGGUUUUGAGCGGAUGAAAAAAAAACAUUUUCGAUUGAUUUGGGAGAGGCAGUUGACGUCAUUUAAUUCGAUUGUGUGCUGCAAAACAACAUGGCCGCCGCCGCUGCAACGCACACGGAAUGGCCGACGUCCGCCGAGGACUACCAGAUCAUCGAGAAAGUUGGUCAGGGCGCAUUCGCCAAGGUGAUGAAGGCGUACUGUCGACCAAAGGACACGUAUGUCGCGAUCAAGAUCAUGGACCUCGAGAAGAUUACGACCAGCUUUGAAGACAUCCGGGCGGAGGUCCAAACAAUGAAGAUGACCAACCAUCCCAACGUGCUCAAGUGCUACUGCAGCUUCGUGUACAAGGACCAACUGUGGCUGGUCAUGCAACUCAUGAACAAAGGAUCGUGCUUGCAUGCGAUGAACAUCUUAAAGAAGAAGGGGUUUGGCGAAGGCAUGAAGGAGGAGCUGUGCGCGGUGAUCUUGCGGGAAACGCUGCAGGGGCUGCAAUACUUCCACGAAAACGGCCAGAUCCAUCGCGACAUCAAAGCUGGCAACAUCCUCCUCGACGGCGACGGGAACGUCUUGAUCGCCGACUUUGGCGUGUCGGGGUGGAUGAUGGAAGGGGGCGAUCGCCGCAAGAACCGCCAGACUUUUGUGGGCACGCCAUGCUGGAUGGCGCCGGAAGUGAUGGAGCAAGUCCGAGGGUACGACUACAAGGCGGACAUUUGGUCGUUUGGGAUCACGGCGCUGGAACUCGCCAAGGGGUACGCUCCGUAUGCGCGGUACCAACCCAUGAAGGUGCUGCUGCUGACGUUGCAAGAAGACCCGCCGAGCCUGCGGUCGUACGACGACGACGGGUCGGGCCACCAGUUUUCCCGCCAUUUCAAGGACAUGGUGCGAUUGUGUCUGCAGAAAGACCCAGCCAAACGACCCACGACGUCGACGCUGCUCAAACAUAACUUCUUCAAGAAGGCCGAAACCGCCGCGUACUUGGCGGCGGAGCUCACGACCAAGAUCGACGACAUUGGCGAAACCUCAAUCAACACCCAACCGAUGCUCCCCGGCAUGGGCCCGCUGUACGCGACCAAGGAGCCGACGACCGCCGAGCCCAAGGUGUACGUCCCCGGAACCACGUGGGUGUUUGAGGACACACCCGCGGCGGACGCGACGCCACAGACGGCCGCCGCCGCCGCUGACGAAAUCGACGACUUUGAACGACAGUUUUUGGCGGCCAGUGGAGGUGAAUCCGUGCGCAAGCCCCAGCAAUAACCAGAUCGGAUGUACUAGUCGACGAGUAUGCAAUGGUAGUAAUACAAGGGUGAUCGGGGAACACAUACAAGUUGUUGAAUCUCGUGAUUGACAACCUUAAGACGUUCAAUAUGACCAUCUCUUACGAAAUGUCCUACUACUUAGAGUUACUGGAUUGCUUCACGGCUACUACAUAGUAUGCAUGCAAUCUAGACAAGUUGUGUGUUUGAAGGUUGUCGCGGCAAUUGCAUGUCGAGGGUAGCCACGUUUAAUAUGGUGUGGCCAAUCUCGACGGGCAAAAGGGAGGCGGAGGGUCCAUAGGAUGAAGGACGCCCCCAUAGCCACACCCCUCGCGUGCCGCUUUGGUAUAGGGCUUACUUGACACUGCAAAUCCACAGUGAUUUGGACAAAAGCAGCAACGCCGCAAGCACGGGGAGCAACUAGAACCUACGUCAUACUGCUGCAUACAUGCUGCACUCGAACAACGGUCGAUGGACAUGCACUGCAGUUACUGUAGUUAG